GCAAGCACAGAAAGGCGACAUCCAAGGAUGCCAAGUUAAAUUUCUUUAACCAGAAAUCUGGCCUAGCCGCACAUACUAUGCAGGACACUUCCCAAGAUGGCAGAGGCUCAUCGGAUGUCAACAGCCCACCAUUUGAACCAGUGGACACCAAACAGGGUGACAAGAUCACUAG